UUCUAUGCGACUUUCUGCAUCUUAAAUGAGCUAUCUCACUUAAGUCCCUGAACACCUCAAGCUGAGCAGGCUCAGAAGACCACAGCGACGGUGCGCAAACACCUUAGGACCUUACUAAAAUGAACGAAACAACCGCCAACUCACUUCCGGGUCGCGGCCGUCCGCCCUUCCCGCCCCCAGCCCUACCGGAAGAGCCUUCAGCCUUUCGUUGUCCUGACCCUUGGCCUUUGCAUGCUAGGGGUGGGACUUCCGCUCUCUCGUUUCCGAGAGCUUCCGGAAGUGAGCCGGCUGGGGACCGGAUGUGAGGUUCAGUGUCCCGAAGGGUUCCCUGGUGGGCUGUGUGGGUCACCCUCUCCCACGGUGUCCGCCGACCCUAGGGUGUCUGUCUCUCUGCGGAUAGGAGGGCGCCAUGGAGGCGCCGCCGCCUGCGCCUCGCAGCCGCCUUUGUGGAGCCUGGGGUCCUUUCCCCCGAGUCUUUGCUGCGGGUGCUGUGUCUGCGGAUUCCCAAAGCUUUGUGGAGGAUCCAGAGCUGCGUUCUUAUGUCUCAGACCCCGGUUCCUCGGAAUCCGGAUGGGACCGCCUCCGGCAGCUGUUUGUCAAAGAUGAACAGCGGAAAAUCUCAAAGGAAAUUGACUACAUCUGCAGGGCAGCACUUUCAGCCGGCAUCAUUGGCUGGGCAUAUGGAGGGAUACCUGCCUUUAUUUAUGCCAAAAGACGCUACAUUGAGCAGAGUCAAGCAGAGAUUUAUCACAACCGAUUCGAUGCCGUGCAAAGUGCGCAUCGUGCUGCCACAAGGGGCUUCAUUCGGUAUGGCUGGCGCUGGAGUUGGAGAACUGCAGUCUUCGUGACCAUUUUCAACACAGUGAACACUGGACUAACUGUGUAUCGAAAUAAAGAUGCCUUGAGCCAUUUUGCCAUUGCUGGAGCUGUCACAGGAGGCCUUUUCAGAAUAAACUUAGGUCUUCGGGGCCUGGUGGCUGGCGGUAUAAUUGGAGCUUUGUUGGGCACGCCAAUGGGGAGCUUGUUGAUGGCCCUCGAGAAGUACUGUGAUGAAACAGUUCAAGAGAGAAGACAGAAGGACAGGAAGGCACAGCAGGAGCAGAGACUGGAAGAGUGGAGACGCAAUCUGCAAGUCACUGAGCUCCUCCCUAUGGAAAUUGAAAGUGGCUUAGAGAAGAUUCAGCCUGAGAAAGAUGCUCAGAGAAUUGAGGAGCUGCUACGCCUGCCUAGGAACCCUGCAUCACCAGAUAAACAAAGCGAGGACUGAGGACCAGGGUCUGUGUCUGGGAAGGCCAGUGCAGGCUGCUCCUUGCCAGCCCGCUGACAGACGUGAGUGCUGGCCGCUGCGGUCGCAGUGGCUUGUCUUUGGUAUUUUUUUAUAUCAAGAAUUAGGCACUCUGCUCUGGGCAAGGUGUCACUGACCAGUAAUUCCGGCUGCUUGGGAAGGAGGCUGAGAGAUGAAGUCAGUGUGAGGCCAGCUAGAGCUGCCUGGUUCAACAUGUGCACCCACAGAAACCAAGAGCAGAACCAACCGACAGCCCAAGUGUUCUUCUUUAUUCUGAUCAUUGAUCCGUCUAAACACCUAACAUUUCUCUGUCCUGCUGGAUGUUAUAGCAGUAAAAUUCUUCCUAAAAGAUUAAAAUCGUGUUGUUGGAAUUGCCUAUACAUGCCUCAGUCUCUUAAGAAUGCUCUUUUGGAGUAACUGAAAGGAGAAGGACCUAGAUAGAGAACGGUCAGUGAGAUCUCUUCUUUUGGCCCUCUAAUAGUGUGGGCCUCUGUAUAUUUAGUUGUUUGAAUUUUCUUUUAACAAGAGUAAAAGGUGAUUCCUGCGCCAUUUGAAUGUGA